AGUAUAAGAGGUUGCUGAGCCACCAUCUUGUUCAGGCCUCUUUCUUCUUUGUUAUGACCUGCUAGAGCCCUUGUCCAGACCAGCCAGGUGAGUUAAACUUGGAAUCAUUGAGCUAGUUUUACUAGCCCGACCCUAGACUGAGCCGCAACACUGUAUUAGCCUGUCGUCUGAAGCUGAAGUCAUGUUUCUGAAGGUAGUCAUCCCGCUUGCGGUCCUCUGCCUGACCGUAGAGGGCUCGCGCCUUGUCGGAGCACCCAUGGAUACGACCCUUGCUGACCAGGGCGCUCAGGAUGCCCUGCGGUUUGCAGUGGCCCAGUACAAUGGAGCCAGCCAUGACAUGUAUCUCAGUAAAGUUUCCAGGGUGAUCAGUGUUCAGAAGCAGGUUGUCUCUGGAAUGAAGUACAUCUUCACUGUUGAGAUGGCCAGGACUUCCUGCAGGAAGGAUCUUCCUCAGAAAAAUUGUCCAGUCUACUCAAACCCAGCACUUGCAAGACGACAAAUAUGCAGGCUUGCUGUCUGGAGUCAGCCUUGGAAGAAAACAAACGUGAUGGUUGAGAAUACCUGCCGUUAGAGCUCCAAUACCAUGCAGCACAUUUUCUCUCCAGUGGAAUCAAUAAAAUCCUAACUGGAGUACAAAUUCUA